AUGGACUGUAAGGCUUCAAUUGAGAAGGAAGACUCUAUUUCAUGUUACACCUUCAAUACAUCUACAUUGGUUGCUGUAUCAUCAGCCCAGUGCCUACAGAAGCAAUACAUUAGGCUCUUCAAACGGGUUUCAUCAGGAACCAUUGAGACUUUGGUGUCUCAAUCGGUGCCAUCCGCAACUCGCAAGUUUGCCUCACAAUAUGGCAGGGCUGCUGCGCCCUGCGCGUUUCAUAUCCUCAUCGUCUUGCAUGAGAAGAGGUCAAAAACACGGCCUGAGCCCACGCCCACCACAAGGGAUCGCUGGGCAGCAUCCAUCCACAACCCCCCGCACCAUUGGGGCGCAUGGACCGCUCGUCACGGCGGGAUGGAGGCGUUCAUGUAUCUGCCCCUUCGCAUAGGGGGCUUAGUAGAUCAGGUUGUUGGGGAGUUUGCCCUCCAUGUCCAACAACAAAUGGACCAUGUGUUUGUGUUGAUGAGGGCGGUAACCUUCUUCAACAAGCUUGAGGACCCGACCUCGGCCCUUCCCCCGCUCAUCCAGCAUCAAAUUCUAUACAUGUCGCGAGCUCACAACAACCUUGUUGUGCUGGAGAUCCAGGACGAGGACCGGGAGGACCUGAGGGUGUGGCAGGAGUGUGACAUAUGGGCAGCACAUUGCCAGCCCUAA